AAGCCGGAAGAGGGUGCAUGAACAUGGGGAAGCAAAAAAAAAAAAAAAACGAGGAAGUAUGCGACCAUGAAGCGAAUGCUGGGUCUCAGAGAUGAGAGACUUAAAGUAAAGGAUAGAUUAAAACCAAAGAAGAAAGAGAAGAAAGAUCCCAGUGCACUCAAAGAAAGAGAAGUCACCCAGCACCCUUCCUGCUUAUUCUUCCAAUAUAAUACACAACUGGGCCCACCGUACCACAUCCUGGUUGAUACCAACUUUAUCAACUUCUCUAUUAAAGCCAAACUGGACCUUGUGCAGUCGAUGAUGGACUGUCUGUAUGCCAAGUGCAUCCCUUGCAUAACUAACUGUGUAAUGGCUGAACUUGAGAAGCUGGGACAGAAGUACCGAGUGGCUCUGAGGAUCGCCAAGGACCCGAGGUUUGAACGCCUGCCUUGCACACACAAAGGCACCUAUGCAGAUGACUGCUUAGUACAGAGAGUAACACAGCACAAGUGCUACAUUGUGGCCACCGUAGACAGAGACCUUAAAAGAAGAAUCCGGAAGAUCCCUGGCGUCCCCAUCAUGUACAUUUCUAACCACAGGUACAACAUUGAGCGGAUGCCAGAUGACUACGGAGUCCCUCGGUUCUAGCAAAAUAAAUUUCCUCUGCCGCCCUUCUUCCAGUUCUGUUACUCAUUCAUUAAACAUGUAACAACAGGCACCAGGUGGUGACACACUUGAUUGAAUGCAUAGUACCAUGCACAAGGACCUGGGUUCAAUUCCUCAGUCCCCACCUGCAGGAGAAAGCUUCACAAGCAGUGAAGCAGUGCUGUGGGCAUCUCUGACUUUCUCUCUAUCCCCCAUCCCUCUCAAUUU